AUGGCGAAACGAAAGAGGGACAACGCAACGCCCGCUGCAAGUGCGAAACCCGAGGUGAAUACGAAGAAAACCAAGCCAAAUGGCUCUCGACCUUCAAAGUCAGGAGCAACAGUCGCAACCUUCCAGAUUGUGACCGGAUCCUAUGAUGGUGUCCUGCAUGGAGUAACAGCCAUGGUGCAAGCUGGAGGGGACGUCAAAUUCGCCGACACAUUCCUGUUCAAUGCUCAUACAUCUGCUAUACGAUGCCUUGCCCUAUCUCCGCCCUCGGCGCCCAUUCCCGGGCAGUCGCAGAAGCUUAUGCUGGCGACAGGGAGCACCGACGAGCGCAUCAACGUCUACAACCUCUCCGCCCAUCCCCCAAAGCAUAAAGCAGACCAGGACCUGCUAUCUUCUAUCGCUCCUCGACCUAUUCUCGAAAGCUCUAAGAACCGUGAACUCGGCACACUGCUCCACCACUCGUCGACAGUGACCAAGCUUGUCUUCCCAACGAGGUCAAAGCUUCUAUCGUCCUCGGACGAUUCGACCAUAGCCGUCACCCGCACACGAGACUGGUCACUACUCUCGAGUAUCAAGGCUCCCAUUCCAAAUGUGCAGGGUCGGCCAAGUGGCGAUACGGCCCCUAUGGGCGGCACGCCGUCUGGAGUCAACGACUUUGCCAUACACCCCAGCAUGAAGCUCAUGAUCAGUGUCAGCAAGGGCGAGCGCUCAAUGCGUCUCUGGAACUUGGUGACUGGCAAGAAAGCCGGAGUUCUUAACUUCAGUCGCGAUAUACUCGCGGCGAUUGGUGAGAGAAAGCACUCGACAGGUGAGGGCCGCCAAGUAGUUUGGGGCACCAGUGAAGGCGAAGGAGAUGAAUUUGCGGUUGGCUUUGACCGCAAUAUCUUGGUGUUCAGCAUGGACAGUACGCCAAAAUGCAAAGUCAUGCCCGAUGAGCGAACAAAGACGCACGAGUUCCGCUACAUACAACUUGACGAGGAAAGCGAUGCUACAGUUUUGGCUGUCGCCACUGAAGAUGGUCGAAUUAUUUUCUUCUCUACAAAAACAGAAGAUCUCAUAAAGAAACCCGAAUCUGAAGAGGAAGAGACGCAGUUGCCAACAGCUAAGCUACUGUCGACGCUCGGCGGCAAAGAUGCUGGUGUUUCUGGGCGAAUCAAAGACUUCUCGGUACUUCAAUUAGAGAACGACCCUAAGACCUGCUACAUCGUCUCCGGCAGCAGCGACGGCAAGUUAAGACUAUGGCAAUUGACCAAGGACGAUUUGGCUCUCCCAAGCAAGGGGAAGUCAACGAAGCAAGUUGGGAAGCUGCUAGGAAUUUAUGAUACUCAGAACAGGAUAACGUGCGUGGAGGCAUUUGUCAUGAUACCCCGACCAGAUGGAGUGGAGGACAGUGAUGAGGAGUUGGAUGACGAGGUGGACGAUGAAUCCGAUGGAGGCAGCGAGGAAGACUGA